AUGGCACCACGAGACACUCACCCGAGCUCCAAUCUCGUGAAUCCCACUGGUCUUCCCGAUCCUCAGUGGUACUCUCAUGGUAUAAGCAUUGAAGGUGCUGGGAGAACCAUCCGCACAUCUGGACAGGUUGCACAGCGCGACGAUGGCACCUGGCCAUCAUCUGUGGCAGAGCAGAUCCAACAAGCUGUGGCUAACUUGGAGAAAGUUCUUAAAGCCGCUGGCGCAUUCCCUCGAGAUAUUGUUCAUCUUCGCUUUUACGUCGUUGACUGGGACCUCUCUGCAGCUAAUGACCUCGUUGCACCAGUCUUGGCUCUCCUCACAGACAAAUAUGGUUCUGCCAAUAAACCAUUGACAACGCUCGUACCUGUUCCCAAACUUGCGUUCCCGGAAGCAAAGUUUGAGAUUGAAGCGAUUGCUAGCCUCUCAAGUGCCUCAAUUUCUACACCGACCGUUGAGACCGAUGUCGUUGUGGUUGGCGGCGGCUUCUCAGGUGUCAUGGCUGCAUACGAACUAAACCAAGCUGGAUACUCGGUCAUUCUUUUGGAAGCCAAACAUCGUAUUGGAGGUCGCAGUCGAACUCAACGACUUAGAACCAAUCCGAACGCAGUUGUUGAGCUUGGUGCAACAUGGAUCAAUAAGAAGACACAACCCACCAUAUAUGCUCUGACGCAGAAGUUUGGACUGCAAACUGAAGCUCAAUACACAGAAGGCGAUCAGAUUUACCAAGGAUAUGAUGGGAGAAUCUAUAGAUGCAAUAUGGAUCAAGCUCAUAAUGAGAAUACUCAACAGGUGCAAAAGUUUAUUCUUCUCAUGGCUGAAGCUGCCGAAAAGUGUAAUAUCCGCCUCUUUGACGAGUUUCCAGAAGAGGAGGAUGUUACAUUGGCUGAAUGGGUAGCCCAAAAAGGCCUCGCGGAUAACCCUGCCGUUAAGGCAACUUGUCGAUUGUUGUGCUCUGCAGUUGUCGGCUGUGAGCCGGAAGAUGUUGGAGCACACUACUUCUUGGACUAUCUCAAAUCUUGCUGUGGAUACAUGAGCAUCGUAAGCGAAGGCGAUGAUGGCGCUCAGUCCCUCAAAAUCAAGACCGGUACAUCAUCCAUAGUUGAUGCUCUAGCAAACACCCUACCUGCUGGUUCUGUAAUGCUUCACAGCCCAGUUGACAGCAUCUCUCAGUAUGCCAAGAAUGAAGUUCACGUCACAACCAGCAGUGGCGCAACCUACAAGGCGAAAAGAGUCAUCAUUGCCAUCCCAACAAACACAUAUACUAACAUUCAGUUUACCCCGCCAUUGCCGCCUACCAAGAAAGCUCUCGUCACUCGAACAAAACCAGGUAUAUAUGCAAAGGCCAUCUUGACAUACUCGUCCCCGUGGUGGCGAGAGGCAGGGCUUGUGGGAAAGUUUGAAUCAGUCAUUGGCCCCGUAUGUUUCAGCUGGGAUAUCAGCGACCUUUCUAAGAAACAAUACAGCUUGGCGAUUUUUAUUGCCGGAAAGGUCGCCAGCGAGUGGCAUAAGUUGGAUGAAUUAGCGCGCGAAGAAGCCAUCAUUGAGCAUCUGGCAACGCUUGUGGGAGAGAACUCUUCGCUUGCAGCAAAAGCCCGCAAUAUCCUAGAGUUCAACAUGGUAGAGUGGACAAAGGAAGAAUAUAUCGGUGGUGCACCGACUAGCGCCUUAGGCCCCGGUAUGCUGAAAAAGUUUGGCACAGUUCUCAGGGAGUCCGUGGGAAGCAUUCAUUUUGGGGGUGGAGAGACGGCAUACGAGUGGAAGGGUUACAUGGAGGGUGCUAUCACGGCUGGACAACGGGUUGCCAAGGAGGUCGCUGAUGAACUAGCAGCUCAACCUCAGCUCUAA